AUGUCGUGCAGCCCAGAUAACAGCUAUGGGACCACCUGCCAGCCUAGGGAGGAAAACUUCGGCUCUCAGCGGAAGGGUCAGAAUGAGCAUAAGAGCCCAAUAACCAGCAAAGUGGCUUGCGAUCGUUGCCGCCAGCGCAAGAUCAAGUGUGAUCGUGUGAAUCCAUGUAAGCAAUGCCUCAAGAUAGGAGUGCACUGUGCCUAUACAUGUGGCAAAGCCAAAGAAAAGCGGCAGCGGGUCUUGAUAUCGAGUGCAUACGAGCAAAGGCUAGAGGACAUUUCGACCAAAAUUGACGAACUUGGCGAGAUAGUAAAACGUCUCGAUGAGCGCCAUGCUGUUGGCCGCGCAAAUCCAGGUAAACUGCGACUGCCAACACAUUCCUCCCUUCUGUCUAGCGGUACGAAAGCAAGCGAGCAGCCUCUGAGUCGAGCGGAAGGAAUCGAAUCCACGUUGUUCGCCCAUGUUAUCUUCACAGCUGAGGCUCUCCAGGCUACUGUGGCGGAUAGCCCUGGAGUAACUCCGGCGCUGGAUGCUUUGUGGACGACGGUCAAUGUCCAAAAGCAACAGAAUGAGACCCUGGAACGCUCACGGCCGUUUCGGAAGCUUCCUCCAGGCUUCAAUCUCAGGGACUUACCUAUCCCUCCCAUGGAUAAGAUCAUGGCAUGCUUAAGAAUCGCUCAAGAGAGCUCUCCCAGCCAGCUGUAUUGGCCAUUCGAGUUUGGGUCUCUGGCUGAUUUCACCCAAUACGUCAUCAAGGCUUGCUCGCCAGGUCCAAUCACAGAUAUGGAGCUGAUCAUUGUCCACUAUGGUCUUUCCUGGCUCUUCACCGAGUGCUCGAAUAGGGCCGGAGACGCGGCCGCCCGGCGGGAGUACGAGGCGCAAGCACUGACUUGUCGAGACAGCCUGGAGACAAUUAUAUCAAACCUUUCCAUCCAUACCGAUACAGACAUAGUUUCUAUCUGUGCCAUGUACAUGGCUGCCCUCCACUGCCUUCAUUGUGGAAAAGCCACCACAGCGUGGACGCUCAUUUCGAGGGCCUCGCUCAUGGGUCAAGCCAUUGGGUUGCAUAGCGCCAGCGGUAUAACAACUGAGCCAGCAGUACAGAGGAAGAUUGCUCUAUUCUGGGCGGUUUAUGUACUUGAGAAGUCAGUGUCGUUACGUCUCGGCAUACCCUCCACCAUCCGGGACCAGGAUAUUACAGUGCAGCGACUGCCCAUGGAUCGCAAGAUGGCAUCUCUGGUCUUUAAUCGGAUGCCUGACUGGAUAGAUGCAGCCAGCCUCUACGGGCGGGUUUAUGACAAUCUGUACAGUCCGAAUGCUCUGCAGCAGCCAUUUUCCGUUCGAGUGUCUCGUACCAAUGCCCUCGCUUCGGAGCUAGAACGAAUGAUGGCUGCGAGAGCUGACUUCUAUAACCGGCCGGACAAAUGGACUUGCCAUGUGGUACACCCUGUGUUAUCUAGGUUUAUCAUCCACGCCAACAAGGCUGUGGACUAUUCUACCUUGGCGUCGAUAUAUAGAAGUGCUCCAUCAGAGAAACCUUUCAGCAUAUCCUCUUCUCCUCAGUGCACCAGAGCAGCUAGAGCAGCCAUUCAAGAGAGCGAAGCCUGCAUCUCCAUAAUCACAGAUUCGCCGGCAUGGCCUCCAAGAUUUGACUUAUGGGCCAACGAGAUUCUCCUGCUAACACCGUUCAUGCCAUUUUUAAUUCUGCUCUGCAACAUAGUCGAGAGCUCUGACUCAUCAGAUCUAGAGCGCUUACAACGAUUAAUUGACGGUCUACGGUCGCUGGCACGAUCAUCUCGAUAUUCUAGCUGCAUGAGACAGCUUCGCAUAUUCAAGGCCCUCUAUGACGUCGUUGCGAACUAUGUCCAGGACAAAGCAGAAAGGUAUCCAGCCGACUUGAUUAGCGACGAUACUACGUACUUAAUAGAACAGGACUGGCUGGGUGCAGACUUUGAGCUCUGGGGAGCAUCUGAGGGAUACAUGGGAAGCUAG